AAAACAGUGGCGGAUUUGUAAGACACGUGUUCUUACAUGAAAUAAACUUUUUCGGUUUUGGCAUUACACAGUUGCUGUAAAAUUAUUUCCAGGAGUUGAUAAAACCCACGACUGCUUAAUCUAGCUUGACAGUACGCCAAAGUAAUGCUGUUAAAGAACGUAUGUGUCAUACCUUUUCUAUUAGUAGCAUUGUCGCUUGUCAAAUAUGGUACUUCGAAUGAUUUGCUGAGAGAGUUUGAUUCAUCUCCCGAAAACGUCAGUGCAAUAGCGGGGAAAACAGCAAUUCUGACUUGUACAGUUGACCUUACAGAUGCAGAUCCAAAACGAGAGAUCACAUGGAUGAGUCCAAAGAAGACUUUGAUAGCCAUCGGUGACAGGCGCAUUAUUGACGAUCCGCGAAUGUCAAUCGAACGCCCUCGUAUACCAGACUGGAACCUUCACAUACGUCAUCUAGAGUUUUUUGACAGAGGGAUGUACAUCUGCUCGCUUAAUACCAAACCUAUGAGCAUCAAAAAUGUAUAUCUGGAAGUUUAUGUGAACCCAUAUAUCCAUGGCAAGACACUGCAUACUAUUCAGUCUUUAAAAGAAGGGGCAACGGCAAAUCUAACCUGCAAUGCAACUGGCUACCCUGAACCAACGAUUACCUGGUAUCGGACGUCUGCUUCAAAGAAAGAAGCAAUAAGUCGUCAAGGGUCCUACUUAAUGAUACACAACAUUUCUCGCUACUGUAGUGGAACGUACGAAUGCGAAGUAUUCAAUGGAAUAGGACCAGCAGUUUCCAAAUCAUUCUCUAUCAACGUACACUUCAAACCCGAAGUUCAGGUACUUAAUAAAAAGCAAAAACAAGACUUAGGAAAAGACACUAUUCUUCAGUGCGAAAUAUCAGCAUCACCUCAAGCGAUAGUUAAUUGGAGAAAAGGGCAUGAUGUUUUUACUGCAAACAACUAUCACAGAAUAACGUCAGAGAUUUAUGAAAAGGACAUUCAUACAACAGUUCUUCAUUUACGAAUACAGAAUUUAACUUGGAGUGAUUUUGGAGAAUACAUAUGCGAAGCAAGUAAUGUACUUGGAAAAGAUCUAGAAAGCAUGCAACUCUUACCUAUAAAUGGUAUUCCGAUUUCAUCAAAGUCGACAAGUAAGAAGAAUGAUCCAAAGCCAAUUAUUUUCAACUUCAGCUCAAGUUCAACAGGGCAUCAAAAAUUGACAUUAUCUCCGGAAAAAGAACUUGUAGUAAAAAUGGCAAAUUCAAAAGAAUUAGGAACAAUACAUGAUGCUGCAGUAGGUUCAUCAGCAGUAAAAUAUCCAUUCCACAAACUUCAGUAUACAGCUCUAUUUGUGACAAUGUUGUUCAAACAAAUGGUUAUGGUGUAGCUAGGAAACAGAACAUUACUGGCGGAUUCCCUGUACACAGUCAAAAUCAAACAAGGGAAUUGUGUUAUAACAGAGUGGUUCACGGAUAACACUUCACUUCACUAUUUAUUUAAUUGAUUAUAGGAGAGAUUCUAUGGCGUUUAAUGAACGUUGUUUUGCAUAACAAAGUGCAUCAUUGACGAAAAUUGAACUUAAUCUCGCUUUUAUGUAAACGGCGAGAAUAUUGAUUUCUUAUGAAAUUACAUCGAUCGGUAGGGGGAUAGUAGUUACCAAUAAUUCAGUAUGGGAUCAUUCCAGUAUUACCGGCGAAGCACGUCGUCUCCAACACUAGUUUUUCACUGGUUUUUAAUCUAACCAGUCACAAAAUUUGAAAUCUAAGGAGACUUGAUACAAACAAAGAAAUGGAUACAUGGGUUGAUGUAUAUUUUUUAUUAGUGUGGUUGUAAUAAGCACACACCCACACACACCUAUCACACACGUAUAUAUCUUGGCUUAGUGUGGUUGUAAUAAGCACACACCCAUACACACCUAUAUAUUUUGGCUUAGUGUGGUUGUAAUAAGCACAUACCCACACACACCUAUCACACACCCACACACACCUAUCACACACCCACACACACCUAUCACACACCCACACACACCUAUAUAUAUUGGCUUAGUGUGGUUGUAAUAAGCACACACCUAUCACACACCCACACACAAUUAUCACACACCCACACACACCUAUCACACACCCACACACACCUAUAUAUUUGGCUUAGUGUGGCUGUAAUAAGCACACACCCACACACACCUAUAUAUCUUGGCUUAGUUCGGUUGUAAUAAGCACAAACAUAAAAUUCCUAUAAAAAAAAUAAGGGACUUGCAAAUUUUUUAUGGCGUUCAAAAUUUAGCAUAAGGUUGAUCGAUCCUCAUGUGAUGUCAUAAGUUUUUGCAAAAAUCUUUAUCAAAUUAAACUUUGUGCAUGAUAGAAAUAUAUAUUUCAAAGGAAUCUUAUUCACUGAAUAGAAUAAGAAAAAAUUGGUAAACUAUUGAUACUGAAAAAGUUUAUAUUUUCCAUAGAUAAUCAAUUAUUUAUGAUUUUAAAAAAAUUGUCAAGGGCAAUAACUCCUAUGCUGGUAUUUCUUCCAUUGCAUAUCUAUUAUACAGGAUUUUCCCAAUAUCCACAAUUAAUUUAUACAUAUUUAGGAAUUAGUAGCUUUUUUUUUUUAAACUUUUGGUAUUUAAAUUUUGUCAUUUCAACAAGUUUUUAUUUAUUUUAAUUAUUCCGUAAAACAAAAAUGUGUUAUUUUCUGAUGUUAACAUAUACUUCUGUUUUUUAUAUCUGAUAUCUUUAAAAAUGUGGCAACAUACACAUUUUCUGUGGUUAUUAAUUAAAUCUAACUAUAUUGAGUUGAAAUUGAUACAUUUUUUCCACUUUCAACCAUUAAUAUUGAUAAGUCACAUGAGGAUCGAUCCACCUUAAACUUUAUUUCAUUUGAAUAAGUCAACAUAUACAUGUAUAUACACAGUAAGUAGCAUGCACACAGGAUUUGGAGCAAUUUAUAUUGAUCCGUUUCGUUAUUCCUUAUUCAAAAUUUAUCAUCCCUUUGUAUAUAACCCCAAAUAAAUCAUCCCACGGUUUUGCACUUAAUUGAGAAUGAAUUACAUUCCAUUCGAUAAAUUGUAUUCAAUAUAAAACACUUUGAUUUACAUCAUUUUUGUACCAAGCGUCAUUACCAACUUGUCAAAUUUCUAAACUUAUGCGUGUUUGAUUAUUGGCUAACUGACCAUCGGUGAAGUCCUUAAAUUAGUGGUCAGUAUCUUAUAGUUUACAAAUGUCCGUCUGUCAACACCCACGAGGAAGUUGGAGACAUAUCCGUUGAUGAUAUAUUUCGUGAAGAUACUGUCGCAGGAUGUCCUUAUGAUUAUGGACGUGAAAAAGAAGGCUGACAAAAGAGGUUUGGAUUUAAUCAAAAGAGUUCUAGAGUCGUAGCCAUUGUAGAGCGUUAUUAUCUCUAGACAAAAAAAAUUUUUACUUUGAAGUUGAGUAACUCUCCUAAACGUCUCGCAAGAGUUAUUGCUCUUUAUAUGAUUCUUAAUUAGGGUAAGGUAAUAAUUGUCCCUGACACCGGCAAUAUAUAUAUAUAUAUAUAUAUAUAUAUAUAUAUAUAUAUAUGGUAAUUAAAAAUAAAAGGCAACACGAAAGUAAAACGUUAGCACUUUCAUUAAUAUGUUCUAACGUUUUACAAAAUGACAAUUGAAUUUUACUUGUAACACACAAUUUGAUUGGUUGGGCACGCUGAACACAUUUCGUUUAUAUUGUAUAAAUGUUACUUGGUAUGGAAUCAAUCGGAUCACGCGCUCGUCAUUUUCCGUAACCGGUAAUUUGCGGUUACGGAAAUAGCCGAGUAGUUACGAUUGGGUAUGGAAUCACACACCCUUGACAACCAGGACGGUGCUACUUUUCCUUUUCUAAUUUUACAUUGCACCAUAGAACACUGUUAUGUUGAUAGGUAUUCGAAUUGUCUGACACCCCCCUCCCCAAUUAUUUCUAAACAAAACGUGGUCUUUGUUUACAAAUAAAGUUACACAAAACCUUAACGGAAAAUGCAAAAAUGAACUUUGAAAUGUACAACGAUGUCCUAUGUGAAAUACGAAACGGUAUAUCAAGAAUUUGCAAAAUUGCUGUUUCAUUAUGUUUUUACUUGGGGUGGGGGAUUGCUUGAUCCGCCUAUCGAAGCAUAAAAUGCAUCAUGAAUGUCUACAAUGUAACAGAGAUUAAUAUGUGGAUCGCUAUCUGAAUUACUUUCAUAAUUUACUGUGUCGAAUUUAAUUCGCGACAAUGCUGCAUGCUAUGGUAAGUCAUUUUGUAGUUUAAAGCUUUUAAUAAAUCAAAAAUCGCAUUUUCUGGUGCAUGACGCGAUGUAUACAUGUAGCUUACAAAGUCUAGGCAUGAAACAUUCGCCCUUGGUAGGAACGACUUCAAAGUUGAUAUUGCACUGCGAAGUAAACAUCAAACCUACAUGUGUAAUAUGUAUAUACCUACGCAUAUCUUCUGUUAUCAAAAUUCGUUACAAACUCCUCCAUAGGUUUUCAAAUUUGAUAAAUAAAGUAUACAUGUUCCGAUAUGCGAAGGACCAAGAUGACUUCCUCCACGGUCGACUUUUGGUCGGUAUGUUCUUGCGUGGUUCAAUCAAUUUCUAUUUACUGUUUACGGAAUAAAAUGAAAACUGUUCGCAUCUUUUAGUGCUAAAAUUAUUUAUAUGAUAUAAAUUGCUUGGGGGCAGUUUACGCUUUUUAUUAAAAAAAAAAAAAGAAAGCAUACAAUGAAUUCACGUCAUAGUAACGUUGAGGGAAACAUUGCCGCGUAAAUUGUGGCAGUAAGCAAUACAAUUUCCUUUGCUUUUUUGAUGCCGUCGUUAAUUGGGUUUAAUGUAAACCAGGAAUCACCGACUCAAUGAAUUAAUUUUUUUUUUAAAUCUUAAAAAUGACCUACGCUACCCAUUAAACCUAUAGCAUACUUGAUUCUGAUAAAUUCGGCCGACUCGAACUAAGCCGGGUAUACCCGGCGACGCCUUUACAAUCAUGUGACCUGACUACAGUACAGAAAUGAAAAUGUUGACCUAUUGACAGUAUUAUAUAAGCAUUAUUUGGCAUAGAAAUAACCAACACUUUUACAAAUCAUCUUUAUUUCACCAGUGUACCUGGAUUAAAAACGUUAUGUCAUAGAAUAAUCCACUCUCGAUUCUACCGUCAGGGUCGUAAAUUACAUGGAGGCGGAGGAGGCAGCUGCCUCCUCCAACUUUUGAGCCAAAAAAAAUUAAAAUUUAAAGUUCAUUAGAAUUUAUGUUGUUUCCAAUAACUAAGAACAUGAUACCUCCCUUAAAAAGCAUUCCAAAUCUUUCUUUUAGAAUGAGUUAGUCAAGUAACAUCUUAGAAGGCCCUAAAAUCAAGGAUUUUGCACGAAACGUGUUCAGUGUGCACAAAAUGUGCUCAGCGUGUGGGGGCCUGGGCGGCCCCCAGACCCCCGCCUAAUUU